AUGGUAAACGAAGAAAAUUCUUCCGGAGAUGCGGCGGAUAAAUUAGUACCUAGUGAUAGCGCUCCGAGACAAAACGAGAUGUCUAAUGAAAAUGUCGAUAUUACUUCACAAAGUGAGGAGCAGAGGCAAAGGCAGCCAACAAAAAUGGAAUCAUUCCUUGCUGUAACAAAAUCUUUGAUCAUUAGAGCUUUAGUUGUUUACUUCAUAACGUCAAUGUUUCGUCAGUCGUCACCACCUAAGGCUGACGUGAACAGUCCUUCAGGAGUAGCUAGAAUGCCUGCUGUUAAUAUGUUCUCUAAUGGAACAGUUGUAGAUAUGUACACCUAUUUGUCAGAAAAAGAAUUUUUAUAUCAAUUUGAAGAUGCCAAGCUGUUAUGGAAGCUUCCAGGAUUAAUUUACGGUGAUUGGCAUGGAGGUGAAAAUGGAGAUGGCACAUUUACUCAAUCUGCAGAAUUUAUAGCACCGGAGAGUUUAAAAAAUAAUGGGUCCAUAUACCUCCAUGUCUAUGUUGUGCCGGUCGGAAAAUGUCCUGAUCCAAACGAUAAAGUUAAUUAUGCUGGACCUUACAUUUCGUAUGGAAAGAAAAUGGUUAAUAAAUAUAAGAAAUUAAAAUAUCAAAAGACUCAUAAUUUAUUGACCGGCCAAACAGAGAAGUCUGAGGAAGAAAUAAAAAAAGCUGAAACAUUGAAAGAGGAGAUUGUAUCACACUGGCAUCCAAAUUUAACGAUAAAUCUGGUAACAGAUCAAACUAACUGGAUGCAGGGCAGUGUGCCGCCACCUCUCGAUGAGUUCAUUCAUUUCUUACCCGAAGGAAAAGAGUACAAACCUGCAGUGUUUCUGAAUGACUAUUGGAACAUGUUGAGAGAUUAUGUUCCUCUAAAUAAGACUACCACUAAACUCCAAUUGCAGCUUACAUUCCAACCUCUUAGUCUAUUUAAAUGGCAAUUGUAUACCGCUCAGGCUAUGAGAGAUAAGUUAAACAUGUUUUCAGCAUUAGGUGCUGAAGAGCAAGAUGAAGAACAAGAUACCGUCAAAGAAUUACUAUUAGAUACAUCCCCUUACUUGCUAGCAUUGACUAUUUCAGUCUCUAUCCUCCAUUCAAUAUUUGAGUUGCUGGCAUUCAAAAAUGAUAUUCAAUUCUGGAAUAAUCGACAAUCUCUCGAGGGUUUAUCUGUCAGAUCGGUUUUCUUUAAUGUUUUCCAAUCAACGGUUGUUCUACUUUAUGUGUUGGACAAUGAGACAAAUGUUAUGGUGAGAAUUUCAUGCUUUAUUGGUCUGUUGAUUGAGGUGUGGAAGAUCAAUAAAGUAAUGGAUGUUAAAUUAAAUAGAGAAGAUAGGAUAUUGGGUUUUCCAAAAUUAUCAUUUAAAGAUAAAGGUUCUUAUGUAGAAUCUAGUACUAGGGAGUAUGAUAUUCUAGCUUUCAGAUAUCUAAGUUGGGGCUGUUUCCCACUGCUCAUUGGAUAUGGAGUGUAUUCUUUAUUAUAUCUAGAACAUAAGGGAUGGUAUUCGUUUAUUCUGAACAUGAUGUAUGGAUAUCUACUGACCUUUGGAUUCAUCAUGAUGACGCCACAGUUGUUUAUUAAUUACAAAUUGAAGUCUGUGGCUCAUCUGCCAUGGCGUAUGAUGACAUACAAAUUCCUUAACACAUUCAUUGAUGACAUCUUUGCAUUUGUUAUCAAAAUGCCAACAAUGUACCGCUUGGGCUGCUUCAGAGAUGACAUUGUGUUCUUCAUAUUCCUAUAUCAGCGAUGGAUCUACAAGGUUGAUCACAAGAGAGUCAAUGAGUUUGGUUUCUCCGGAGAAAUGGAACAGCAGAGGCAAGUGGAUGGGAAUGGCACCCUCGCCAUUGAGGGACAGGAUAAAGCUGAUAAGAAAAACGAUUAA